UGGCAGGACAGCCACGCUUCCAAAGCCCUUGCUUCACCCGUCAGGUUCUUACUAACUCCGUGCAAGUAGGUGUGUUCUGCGUGGUGAGCGGCACUGGUAUGACACAUCAGGAAAUAUGUCAUAUCGUCAUCACUGGACUAUUGCAAGAAUUGCAGCCAUUGCUUCCUUCCACCUGCUGCUGGGACCUUUAUAAAGUGAACAAGCACAUCUUGCCGUCCAGUCUCAGCUCGCGGUGGAGCCUGCCUGCCAUGAGGGUCCAUUACCUCCUAUUUGGGUUGCUCGCCCUGUUUCUGAUGCCAGUCCCAGGUGACGGUGGAAUCGUGAACUCACUGCAUAGGUUCUACUGCCGGCUCCGGAGGGGCCGCUGCGCCGUGCUCAGCUGCCUGCCCAGGGAGGAGCAGAUCGGCCGCUGCUCCACCGGAGGCCGAAAGUGCUGCCGGAGAAAGAAAUGACAGUUCUAGAAAUGUGAUGAAGAUG